AUGGGCCUUUUCCGCACAAUGGCACUGGGUCUUCUCGCCGGGACGGCAGCCGGCCUGAACUAUACCGAACCAUACCGUCCUCAAUAUCAUUUUUCCCCUGCCGAAAACUGGAUGAACGAUCCUAGCGGACUAUUAUUUCACAAUGGCACCUACCAUCUCUUCUUCCAAUAUAACCCUGCUGGUAUUGAAUGGGGGAAUAUGUCAUGGGGUCAUGCAACAAGUAAAGAUUUGACCCACUGGGAAGAGCGCCCUGUUGCUCUACUUGCUCGUGGAUAUCCUGAGAAUGUCACCGAGAUGUACUUCACGGGAAGUGCGGUAGCAGAUGUGAACAACACGAGUGGCUUCGGGGUUGAGGGAAAGAUUCCUUUGGUCGCCAUGUAUACUUCUAUGUAUCCGGUCUCACAAGAGCUUCCAAGCGGCAAACGUGUUCGAGCAGAGCAGCAAUCUCAGUCAAUCGCGUAUAGUCUCGACGAUGGCGAGACCUGGACAACAUAUGAUACUGAGAACCCCGUGAUUCAAAACCCACCCUCUCCUUAUGCAGCAGAAUUCGAAAAUUUCCGGGAUCCCUUCGUCUUCUGGCAUGGUGAUACACAGAAAUGGAUUGCUGUCACAGUUUUAGCAUCACUCCACAAAAUUCUAAUAUGGAGUUCCGACAACCUCAAAGAAUGGUCUUUGGCCAGCGAAUUCGGACCAUACAAUGCUGUCGGUGGCGUAUGGGAGUGUCCCAAUCUGUUUCAAAUGCCUAUCAAAGGACACCCAUCAGCCAAGAAAUGGGUAAUGGUUUUGGGACUCAACCCUGGUGGUCCACCUGGCACUGUUGGAUCAGGGACACAAUACUUCAUUGGCGACUUCAACGGCACUAAUUUCAAGGCCGAUCCUUCUAGCAUCCAUCCAGAUAACAAGACUGCCAAUUGGAUGGAUUGGGGUCCUGACUUCUAUGCCGCCGCCAGUUAUAACGGACUUCCUGAUGGAGACGUGGUCCAGAUCGCAUGGAUGAAUAAUUGGCAGUAUGGUGCGACAAUCCCAACAAGCCCUUGGCGAAGCGCCAUGUCUGUUCCCCGCCAGUUGUCUUUGAAGAAGAUUGAUGGGAAGGUAACCCUUCUUCAACAACCGCAACAUAGCUGGCGGAGUGUUUCCAGUCACCGGACCUCGAAACAUUCCUGGAAAACCGUAUCGAAAGGAUCAACCAAGCUUGGCUCUCCGGGCAAGGCAUUUAAGAUUGACUUGAGCUUUUCUGAUCAUGACUGCAAGAAUCCUCUGGCAUCUACGUUUGCGAUAGCCGUCCGUGGUAGCUCUGACUUAAAGCAAGAAACACUCAUUGGGUACAACUUUACCAGCAAAGAGAUCUUUGUGGAUCGGCGAAAUUCAGGAGUUGUAUCUUUUGAUAAGACAUUUGCAAGUCUGUAUCACGCACCACUGCCAGCGAGCGCGGAUAAACGUAUUAAUUUGCAGAUCUUCGUGGAUUGGUCUAGUGUUGAGGUCUUGGGGGGUCAAGGAGAGGUCUCUUUGACGGCUCAGAUAUUCCCAGAGGGAAAUGCAACGGAAGCACGACUUGUUUCAACGGAUGGAGUGACGCAGGAUGUCAGGCUUCGGAUUAACGGGAUGAGUUCGGCGUGGCACUAG